AAUUACUUAUUUUAUUGUAUUUUUUGAUAACACAUUGAUUAUUGCAUGGAACAUUGGUUAAGAACAAAAAAGGAACCAAGAACAAACAAUAUCCUCAAACAUAUUAAAAUGACAACUCCAAAUCCUCCAAUUAUUAUUGUGUUGGGUUUAUUUUGGAAUAGCUAAUGGAAAUAAUUGAAGCUCAGCAUGAUAACAAAUCAGGUUCUUUUUCUUCUUCCUCUGUCCUUUCUCUCUAUAUGUAGAUACAUGUUCAUUUCGUGUUUAUUGCAGAUGUUGUCUGAAUGAUUUCUAUGAAUAUUAACGGCAGCAAAGCUGAAACCGUAAAAUAAUGAUCCAGUAAAUUUGGUGUUGCAGUUUCUAUUAAAAUCGCAAACAACUUCCCUAUUAAUCAAACAAAUGCUAUAAACUUGAAUGUCAUGAACAUGCCAAAAAUCAUACCUUGUAGUCAUGUAUGAAUGUGAGGAAAAAUGAAGAACAGAGAUCAUACCUUGUAGUCAUGUAUGAAUGGGAGGAAAAAUGAAGAACAGAGAAACACAGGCCAUAUCUGUCAUCAAUAAAAUUAAGGCCUAGAUUUCACUCUUGCAGCAAUGUGUUAUAGUUAGGACUAUUAAGAUUUAAGACAUUAAUACGAAGGCAUGACCUGCCAAAGUCAUGGAAAGAAAUGAAGAUAUUGCAGGCAUACUUGUCUACGACACUCAUACCCUAUUUCAAGUAACUUAGCUACCAUAUGCGGCAGCAGCACCCUUUCUUUUUGUCUUAAAAACAAUUCAGGAACCAUUUCUGAUAAUGUCCUUCGAUGCCAUUGCAGAACCUCAAACACCUCAUCCAGAGGAAUCAACCACCACCACCACCGAUCAACCUCCAAUAUUCAGCCCUGACAACCGCUGGAAAUGGUGGCUUCUAAUAGCACUCAACAUCUUAUUCCUCCUCGCCGGUCAAUCUGCAGCCGUUCUAUUAACCAAAUUCUACUUCAACAAUGGAGGAAAAAGUAAAUGGAUGGCAUCUCUCAUGCAAACAGCUGGUUUCCCUCUCCUUUACCUCCCACUUCUCUUCUUCCCUUCCUUUAACAAGCAGUCUCCAAGCUCCUCCAACAACAUAACCCAUUAUGUGGUCUACUUUUCCCUCGGUUGUCUGCUAGCCAUUGAUAAUUUCAUGUAUACAGUUGGCGUUAAACCACUUUCCAUUUCAACAUAUUCCCUUCUUUGUGCAAGCCAAUUGGUAUUCAACGCCAUCUUUUCGGUGGUUAUCAACUCCGAAAAGCUCGGUAUCCUAACGCUUAACUCGAUCAUCUUCAUUACCGUAUCAGCUUCAAUGGUUGCAAUUCAUCCCGACAGUUCUGAGACCAAAAGAGAUGAGAAAAAUCCAGUAAGAAAGAAUGAACACACUAUUGGGUUUAUAUCAACAGUUGGUGCUUCUGCAGGCUAUGCUUUAUUUCUGUCUCUAACACAGUUCUCAUUUGACAAAAUACUGAAAAAGGACACAUUUAGUGUUGUGUUUGAAAUGCAGAUUUACACUUCAUUGGUUUCGAGUUUCGUUUGCUUUUUGGGGUUGUUUUUGAGUUUGGAAUUCAAGGAUUUAAAGUCCGAAAUGGAGAAAUUUGAUGAAGGGAAGGUGAUUUAUGUAGUGAGUUUGAUUGGAAUAGCUUUGGCAUGGCAGAUUUGUACAGUGGGAGUAGUGGGAUUGAUCUAUUUGGUGUCAUCUUUGUUCUCAAAUGUUGUGAGUAUGCUUAGUUUGCCAUUUGUUCCAGUUGUUGGUGUUCUGCUUUAUAAGGAGAAAAUGGAUGCAAUUAAGGUAUUGGCAAUGUUGUUCACUCUUUGGGGAUUUGCUUCUUAUAUCUACCAACAAUAUCUUGAUGAUAAGAAGUCAAAGAAAAAGGAAUCCGAAGAAAUCGAAGAUUCCAAACCUGAAGUUUAA